GCCUCAGCUAAUAAUUCGAGAAAGUCAAUUCCAAGUCAUUAUUCUCCUCACUCGCAUCCAUCUCUUACACCACACACUUCAUCCCCAUCUCGCAUUCGCACGGUUCCCUGUCUGCCUGCGAUACCUGCUUCGUCCCAUCCUAUCAAAUCUCUUCUCACACAAUGAAGGCAGUAGGCAUCGCCACCGCCGCAGCGGCAUUCGCUGCUGGUGUCUCAUCCACGGCAGCAUACGUCGUGCCGGGUGGAAGCUUCGAAGGGCAACCCCUGUUUGGCAAGCUGCCCAACAAGUCUUCUCAGGCACACGUCAUCCGCGAUGCUCCGGGCGGGAGCGUCAAGCUGCCCCUGUACACGCACAACAAGCGCGACAGGAACAAUGUGGAAGAGACGAAGAAGUUUGCCAUUGCUCAGGGCGAGCUUGUUCGCAAGAAGUGGGCCAAGUACACUGCUGAGGAGCAAGAAGAACGCGAAAAGCUGGGCAAGAGACAGACCAUCGGUUUGACCGGCUACAGCGCUGAUGUCUCCUACUAUGCUCAAGUUUCCAUCGGCACGCCUCCCCAAAACUUCGUGACGAUUUUGGAUACCGGGUCGGCGGACUUUUGGGUUGCAGACUCGGAGUGCACUAACCAGCAAUGUCAAGGAUCCGCGCUCUUCAAUACCGCAGCCAGCAGCACUUAUCGUGGCAGCGACACAGCCUUUCAGAUUCAGUACGGCAUCGGCGCCGUGCGCGGCACGCUGGCUGCAGACACGGUCUCGCUGGCCGGCUACGUCGUUCAAGACCAAACAUUUGCUAUCAUUGAUCAGCUUGCUGAGGGUACCCUCAACGCUCCAGCUUCGGCUUUGAUGGGCAUGGGCUUCGAGACCUUGGCUUCGAGCGCAGCCACACCAUUUUGGGAGGUUUUGGCACAAUCCAACAAGCUCAGUCAGCCUUUGUUCACUUUCCAGCUGCGUCGCAACAACAACAACCCGACUGUGAUUAGUGGCACCACUCUUGCAAGCCAGUUGCAGCCUGGUGGCGUCUUUACAUUGGGCGAGCUUGACAGCAACCAAUACACUGGCGACAUUACAUACACUUCCCUCACCUCUCCAGCUUACUGGACCAUCCCCAUCGAUUCGUUCAACGUGAACGGUCAGACGACCUCGGUCUCCAGCGGCUCCAACACCGCUGCCAUCGACACCGGAACAACUCUGAUUGCUGGACCCGUCUCCGCCAUUCGUGCUCUUUACAACCAAAUUCCCAACUCGCAGGCCGUGCAGAUGGAUGGUGGUGGCGACUCGUUGUACUGGGUGUACCCAUGCAACACCGAUGUCAGCGCUGCUCUGACCUUUGGCGGCAAAACGUGGAACAUCAAUCCGCUCGACUUCAACUAUGGCCUGUACGGCAACCGUGGAUCUACGCAAUACUGCCUCGGAGCCUUCUUUGCCACAGACCUCGGUGGACAAGGUCCUCAAUGGAUUGUCGGCGAUGCUUUCCUGAAGAACGUCUUUUCCGUCUUUGAGUCCAACCCAGCACGCGUCGGUUUUGCAGCGCUGCGAGGUGACAAUGCCCAGGCUGUCGCCACGACAUCCGGAGCAAUCCAGUCCGCGGGCGCGGCCGCCGCUACCGUUCCUCGAGCUUCGGCCACGUCGAGCGCAACGGGUGCGCCUGCAGGAGAUCUACCCACCCAGACCAACUCCAUCACUGGCAUCGUUGGCGGCUCCGGUCUGCCCACGCCUGUUGCCGGCUCCGCUUCCCCAACCGGCUCGGCCAGCUUGAUCUCUGGCAGCAACGUGUCCAGCGGCGGAGGCAGCGGAAACGGUGCCGGCUCACGCACUGCCACCAGUGCGACCCUCGGCGCUCUGGUCAUUGGCGCCGUGGCCGGAAUGGCAAUGGUCCUGGCUUAGUGUGGGCGUUUGACGGAAACCCCGCACGUCCGCGUGACCUUUUGCGAUCUCUUUGCCCUCCACCUUUUGAUUGUUUGCGAUUGGAACAUUAGCCAUCUCUUUUCCUGCACUGCAUGGAUUUGCACAUGUUCGAAUUCCGCGCAGGUCUUCACGUGUAAUGACGAUGCAAUGUACAUUUUUGAAUUACAAUGAGCCCGGCUUGCGGUCUCGGUGCCGAACCACGGCGCUGCCAUCGAGACUGGCUGAGCCCAGCCGUGGUGCUCACUUUCCAGC